AUUUUCCAGAAAAAUGAGUGCCGGUCCACGGUUUCUUCUAUACGUAAAGGCGGCCAGUGACGGAGAAAAUGUCGGCGACUGUCCGUUUUCACAGAGAGUGAUGAUGUAUGCGGGCCUCAAAGUACCAAAUAAAGAACUGGAAAUAAAACCUGUAGACCUUAGCAAUAAACCCGAGGAUUUCCUCAGACUUAAUCCCGAAGCAAAAGUCCCAGUGCUGAUUGACCGAACGAAAGACAACAAAAUCAUCUCUGAUUCUGCAGAAAUAACCAGGUACCUUCAUGAACAAUUUCCAGAUUUGGACUGUCAACAAGAUUACAGCGGCCCGGCUCUCGAUGCUUGCUCGGGUGUAUUCCCUAAACUGGCCGCUCUUAUAAAAAACAAGGACCCCUCCCAAACAGAUAUACUGAGACAAAAUCUGCUGUCAGAGUUAAAGAAAGUGGAUACUUAUUUAGGAAGCGCUGACCAUAAAGGAAAGUUCUUGCUGGGUGAUCGCCUCUGUGAGAUAGACUGUAUGUUUCUCCCUAAAUUGCGUCAUGUCAUGGUUGCUGGAAAACAAUAUGGCGGACUUGAAAUUCCUGAUGAAUUCAAACAUUUAAAAGAGUAUAUUUCAAAUGCAGAACAAAAUGAAAUAUACAUUAAGACAAAUUGUCCUGAUAGUGAAAUAAUUCAUGGUUGGAAAAAGCAUACACAAUAGACACUAAUUAAUAAAAAGCGACAAAAGCUAUCAGGAGUUCAAAAUGAAAGUCUUGACCAUGUUGACUUCUUAAAAAAUUUCUUUUCAAGACAAAUACGCUAUUACAUAUACUUAGUAAUUCAAAAAAUGUACAUAUCAAUCAUCUUUAAGUUUUCUUGUACACUCAGGUACAUAUAUAAAGUAAGCCUUUUUUCUUAUUUAA